AUGUGGCUGAGUUGUUCUCCCAGCAGCUGGCCUCUGCCGACUUUCGCGGCGCUUUUGAUACUGUCGUCUUUGCUAUCAUUGACCCGCGGGGUGAUGGAAAUUUGCGCCCCUUUCGAGAGGUGCUGCAGACACUGGGCGAACUUCCCGAGAUCAAGACGUGAAAUGUGCUGGCUGAGAAAACAGGCAAGCCUCGCACAAGACACACUGAGGUGUUGCUGCGAUUUGCUGCUGCUGCUGCUCGUCGUGACCUGCAUGCUUGUAAUCUGUAGCAUUGGCUUUAAGAAAGUGGCUGGAGCAAUGGCGACAAGCUCUUGCGACCCGUUUGAAGAGCCGGAAUGGCUCAUAUGCCCACUCUCUGCAUCCAUGUUUCGGGAGCCCGUUGUCAACAUGGUUGGUAACACGUAUGAGAAAGACAUGUACCAAAAAGCGAUUCAGCAUCGGUUGGUUGAUCCGCUGACCAACCAACCGCUACCAGAGCCAGAUGGGGGGCCGCUGCAUCCUAAUCGUGUGGUGCGGGCUGAAGUGGAAGCAUUUCUUGCGUCCCACCCAGGCUAUGUACCGCAUGGCUGGCCAUCAACUCCCGCACCUGCGGCUCCUUGUGCUGCGAAGCUGGCACGCGACUUCAUGGCUGACUCGUGGGACCUUGUGCAGGGCAAUUGUCGCCCUGGGCUUUGCCUGCGGGGAUGUCUUCGCAUGGCAUACUCGGUGGCCUUCGCUUGGCGUUCCGUGCUGCCGGAAUACGAACCCAGGACUGAACAGUCGCGAGAGAUUCGGCAUGUCAGCACUGUCAUGGGUAUGGCUGCGGGGCUAUCGGCAGGCCGCAUUGGGUGGGGCCUGGCCAUUCGACUGGUUCGUGCGCUGUCAGGGAUAUGCCCACUGAGCCCCAUCACGCUGAUUGAGAAUCCUCACCAUGGCUUCAAAGCUUGGCUACGUGCUCUUUACCGGCUCACUUGUCCAAUGCCUUUGAACUGGGGACCUGUUGUCGGCGGAGAGCUUUUGUUGGGCCGCUUUUGGAUCUUACGAUUUCUGAUAAAGGAGGCCGUCUGGGCCAAGCUGCCGAAUUCCAUUUUCUACGCUGCCAAGUUGUGCAGAGAGGAUAUCUCCCACGGCCUUGUUCAGCCUCUCGUUGGACAUGCUCUGAUCAUGACACCGCUUGCGAUCUUUGCGUGCGGUCACUUCGUGGUAGCUGGUCGAGAGAUUGGGUGGAAGUCUGCCACGAAGCACAUGGAUGAGUUGGGGCAGGAUCUGGAAUCAAGGCGUUUUGCUUUGUUGAGCAGUAUCUCUGCCGCUGUGGCGGGCAAUGCUCGUGUGGUGUCGCUUCUCGGUGCUUUGUAUGGUGUAUCAGCGUUGGUCAUCCAUGCAGUCCUGCUGAGCAUCCGAAGCACCCAGCUGGCCGUACACCUGAGAAAGGCAAGGUUGGAGUGGAACGUGUAA